CACAUUAUGCUCUUCCUUCUCAUGUAACGUUCAACUUAGCUCUGCAGCAGUCUAUCAAAUUUGCUUCUGAAAUACAGUGAAUAUCAGGUGAAGUUCAGAUUGUUACGGCAGAUGGCAUGAAAGAUCAGUGACGUAGCAGACUAUUCAUGUAUUCUCAGCCUUCUGGUGCUAUGGCGUACUGUAUGCGAGUUUUGCAUCGCCAGGGCACUUGGUUGCUUACACUAGAAAUCCAACGACGAUGUUUCCAUAUAUCUCCUUUGGCGGCGGCAGCCAGCAAGGUUGCCAUGAGCAAGUUCGACAAAGAUACUCCUCUGCCUUACGACAAACUUCUGAAGAACCUGGAAGUUGUAAAAAAGAGGUUGAACCGACCUCUCACUUUGUCUGAGAAGGUUCUAUACUCACAUCUUGAUGAGCCUGCGACGCAGGAAAUUGAGAGGGGGAAGAGUUACCUGAGGUUGCGGCCUGAUAGGGUGGCCAUGCAGGAUGCGACCGCACAAAUGGCGAUGCUCCAGUUCAUUUCAAGUGGUCUGCCGCAAGUUGCUGUGCCUUCAACCAUCCACUGUGAUCAUUUGAUAGAGGCCCAGAUUGGUGGCACAAAAGAUCUGGCACGUGCCAAGGACAUCAAUGAGGAGGUUUAUAAGUUCUUAGCUUCUGCUGGUGCCAAAUAUGGAGUUGGAUUCUGGAAGCCUGGUUCAGGGAUUAUUCAUCAGAUCAUCCUGGAGAAUUAUGCAUUUCCUGGCUUGCUGAUGAUAGGCACUGAUUCCCACACGCCAAAUGGUGGCGGCUUGGGAUGUCUGUGUAUUGGUGUAGGUGGCGCUGACGCUGUGGAUGUGAUGGCAAACAUUCCCUGGGAGUUGAAGUGCCCUAAGGUGAUAGGUGUAAAACUGACAGGUUCACUCAGUGGGUGGACAUCACCCAAAGAUAUCAUCCUCAAGGUUGCUGGCAUCCUGACAGUGAAAGGUGGCACUGGUGCUAUUGUGGAAUACCUCGGUCCUGGUGUUGAGUCCAUCUCAUGCACAGGUAUGGCCACAAUCUGUAACAUGGGGGCAGAAAUUGGGGCCACCACUUCCUUGUUUCCAUACAACUCUCGUAUGAGAGACUAUCUGAAGGCGACUAGGCGAGAAGAUAUCGCCAGCGAAGCUGAUAAAUAUGCCAAGAGCCUUCUGACAGCUGAUGCCAAUGCCCCAUAUGACCAGGUCAUCGAACUGGAUCUGAACACCUUGGAGCCCCAUAUCAAUGGUCCGUUCACUCCUGACUUGGCGCAUCCCAUCUCAAAGGUUGGCAAAACUGCAACAGAUAAGGGUUGGCCUGUUGAUAUCAAAGUUGGUCUCAUUGGCAGCUGUACAAAUUCAAGCUACGAGGAUAUGGGUCGGUGUGCCAGCAUCGUAAAACAGGCUUUGACGCAUGGUCUUAAGUCAAAGAUUCCCUUCAACGUGACUCCAGGGUCUGAGCAGGUUCGGGCAACUAUUGAACGAGACGGCAUUGCCCAGACGUUGAGGGACUUUGGUGGUACUGUCCUAGCCAAUGCUUGUGGUCCCUGCAUAGGUCAGUGGGAUCGUAAAGAUGUGAAAAAAGGCGAAAAGAAUACCAUUGUUACAUCAUACAACCGAAACUUCACUGGCCGUAAUGAUGCCAAUCCAGCAACUCAUGCCUUCGUAACAUCACCUGAGCUAGUGACAGCGCUGUCUAUUGCAGGAACUCUGAAUUUUGACCCAACCAAAGAUAAACUGAAGGGAACAGAUGGUAAGGAAUUCCUUUUGGACUCACCAUAUGGAGAUGAGCUGCCAUCAAAAGGUUUUGAUCCUGGUGAAGAUACGUAUGAAGCACCGCCUAGAGAUGGCAGCAAGUUGAAGGUAGAUGUUGACCCAAAGAGCCAGCGACUGCAGCUUUUAGAACCAUUUGAUGUUUGGGAUGGAAAAGAUCUGAUUGACCUCACCAUCCUUAUUAAGGUUAAAGGGAAGUGCACAACGGAUCAUAUUUCGGCAGCUGGACCUUGGCUCAAGUACCGUGGACACUUGGACAAUAUUUCUAACAAUAUGUUCAUUGGCGCAACCAAUGCUGAAAAUGAUGAAAUGAAUAAGAUUAGAAACCAACAAACAAAUGAGUGGGGCACAGUUCCUGAUGUAGCACGAGCGUAUAAAAAAGUUGGUAUUAAAUGGGUGGCCGUUGGAGAUGAAAACUACGGGGAGGGGAGCAGUCGGGAACAUGCUGCCCUGGAACCCAGACAUCUUGGUGGCCGUGCCAUUAUUGUUAAGUCCUUUGCCCGUAUCCAUGAAACAAACCUUAAGAAGCAGGGUCUUCUGCCUCUGACAUUCGCAAACCCUGCAGAUUAUGACAAGAUUCAGCCUUCAGAUAAGAUCUCUCUGCUUGAUCUGAAGAAUCUUGCACCUGGAAAGCCGGUGAAGGCAGAAAUUAAACAUUCUGAUGGCAAAGUAGAAAGCAUCUCUCUGAACCACACAAUGAACGAACAGCAAAUUGAGUGGUUCCGUGCUGGAAGUGCACUGAAUCGCAUGAAGCAGAUUGCAGCAGGAAAGUAAGGCGGUUUGCCUAUAUUAUAGGUGAACAUUAGUGAAACUGUGCUGGUCGGCCUACUUGCCACAUUUCCCAUCCACAUAUAACUGAAGCAUAAGUCAAAUUUACAGUAGAUCCUGUAAUAAUGGUGCGUGGUACAAUGGGAGUUGACUGCUGGCCGAAGAAACAGAGAUUAAAAUUUUUCGUGAUUUUAUUGUUGUAUUUCAGUAUUUAUAGUAAUUGAUUCUAGUUAAUCUGAUUACUUUUAUAAUUUAUAAUUGUUACAUUACUGAAAGGUAAACUUUCGAUGAAUUUCAUAGAUGAAAUUAAACUUCUGUAUAUCUGAUUUCGGAAUGUGUCAGAGAUAUUCCAAACGGAAUCUGUAUGGGAAAAACUGCAACAAAAAUGUUGCAUGGAAUCAUGGAAACAUUCUUUCUUCAGGAAAUUAAGAAACAUUUCACACCACACCUGAAAGUAUUCUGUUAUAUGGAGUUUAAUCUGGCCAUUGGCUGAAAAAUUGAGUGAAAUAAAGAUGGUUGAAUUUUAUUAUUUAAGAUAUCUUUCAGGUGAGAAGUAAAAAUGGAGCAGUGAGAUGUAUGGUCAAGUUGAACAGAAGAGGAAAUAUCACUGAAAAAUGUGUUACACUGGUUACCACGAGAAAGAAAGAAAGGAGCGAGACUUGUGUGUAAGUGGAAAACGCAUAUUAAAUCCAUUUCAGGAGAUGAGAUUUGGAAACUGGACAAUGAAGAAACAUUACUCUGGAUACUGAAGAUGGCAAGAGGAACAUUUUGUGCUGUUGUAGUAUUAACUUUGCAGCUUAGCAGAAAGUGAUACAGACAGUAUCGUGAAACAGCGACACCCCCAUUUAAGCUUUAACGCCAUAGAGAGGGAAACCUUAAAAGAGAGAGAAUUUAACACUGUGUUCUUUACUUUCGGUUACUGAAAUUGAACACUGCAGGGAAACGUUAAAUUGAAGAAUAUUAUAUGAGGGUUUUGCUGUAUUAGAACAUAGAAAUUGCAUGGGUGUGACAUCUGUAGCUAUUUGCAGAGUAAAACCCAAGUUCUUGUUAUGAUUUAAUGUAAAUUUGUUCUGAAAAUGUAAGAUAUUAGAGAACUAUGUUGUUCAUUUUAAUGAAAGUAUUGUACAUUAAAGCCAGACUUUUAGUGUGGUUUUUAAGGAUUGUGUAAUGCCAAUGUAAAUUAUACUAGUCUCAAGUAUUUUCCAGUAUUUUUUUUUGUAGGUCUAUAUACUCUUAAGCAGGGUAUAUGGAAAUGGGACAUGAAGUUGCUAGCCAAUGUACCUGUAUUCUGUUUGAAUGCGAGUAUUAAAAUGUAAAUGUACGUAU